CAAUAAUGGCUCGAAUUCUACGGAAAUAUCGAGAUAUAUUGGUUAGGCUUUAAUUUCGACAUAAAACAGCCGUGGGAAGAUAUUGCCUUUGGCACGGUCUGGUUCGCCGAUUAUUUUCCCCGCAUCUCAUAAAACGCGCUACCGAGUUAAAAUCCUGACAAUUGUGUACUGAAUUGAUUUUAGUGAAUAAAUUAAUCAACCCCAAACAGGUGACAGCGGUGGUUAGCGCUGGACCAACCAACACGGGCAAGACUGGCUUGUUUUCCCGGUUUUGCAUUUGGAAACCUCGCCUAAUCAACAUGUCAUCAUCAUACAGACCUCUGACUAGCCAAUGUGACGAAGGAGUCGAGAGCGCUGAGAUGUUUUUCCAGCCUCGGUCGGGGCAGAGCUUGCUAUCGAUGCCUUCCUUCCCACAGGCUGAAACCACGGUCAUCACCUCCCGAAACCAACCCAAGGACUACCAGAUGCUGGCCCUGUUCGUCACGCUUUUCUGCUGUCUCCCGCUCGGCAUUAUGGGAUUGAUCAAGUCCAGUGAGGUGAGACGGAGGGCAGUUAUUGGGGAUUCCUUUGGCGCCCACCAGGCAAGUUAUCGCGCUAAGAGUCUGCUUUACGCUGGUCUUGGUGUCGGCCUCUUGCUGUGGAUGUGCAGUCUCACUGCGUUUGUCGUCAUCGCUGUCCAAGUCUUCAGUGAGAAUAAGCUUCCAGACAAAAGCUUCAAGUACCAUUUUGUGACGGCCAUCGUCCCGAUCGGCAAAUGAGGAGAUAGAGAGAGUUCAAUAUCUGAGGGACUCGAAGUUGUCCUUUUUGUGAAAAUGUAUUCAUUUGCUCGAAUGCGAGUGUAAAUUGCUUGAGCUGUGCAAGCGAUCACCCACACAUGACAUUACUUGUUAGGUGGAUGUGCUAUGACGUUUGUACUUUGAUGUCCAGACCUAAAAGGAGGACCUGAAUGUUGCCUUUCUGUGCAAGUAAUGCUUUUGUUUGUUUGUUUGUUUUUGUGAUGGGUCGAAAUAAUUCGAGCUUGUUGUUCUUUGCUGAAAGCGUACGUUCUCCAUUUGCGUUCGGCCUUGGUCCAUUUUGUGCUUUAUGUCCCUAUGUAAAGACCACCAUUUUUGCCGAGUUGAGUUUGUCUGCCAGUUUGUCAGUAGUGCUAUUGGUCUGCCAAUUAAAUUUGUCUGAGGUUGUUCUUGGAGGAAAUCUCUUCAUGAAUACUUCAGCUCUGUAUGGUUCCACUUUCGCCCGUACGAUAAUCUCCACCAUUUUCCCCCAGAUGUGUUUGUUUGUCUACCUAGCCUCAGCUAGUUCACUCCACUGGAGACGAAAGGCCUCUAGAUUUGAUCACCUCUUGUCUUGCCCAAUCCCUUUACCCUCAUGUAGCCAUCAUCUAACCAUCAAUCUGUUAUUUCACCAUCUUCCAUUCACACGACCUCCUUUUGAUACUAGUCUCCUUUUAGACUAGUCUAGUCGGUUAAAUGUGUUAAAAUUUUCCAUCUGUUAUCGUAUUCCAACUAUAGGGUCCAACCUACCUCUAUCGUAGAUUGCACUUUCCAUAAAUGCCAGCAAAUUGUGAUAUAUCCAACUACUGUCAAGUAAUAUUGAAGUAUCCUUUGCCCAUUCCUUUUGUCUCGUAAAGUAAAACAGAAUCUAUUAAAUUAUUUGUAAGUUUUUCUAGCUUGCGGUAUUCACCAAUGAAAGUAUUUAUUUUUUAAAUUUCAAUUUUUUGUUACAGUGCAUACCACCGUUUAUAUCCAGCAAGAAAUGAGACCGAGGGGUACCCCACCAACAUGUGCAAUUGCUAUACACACACGAGACUAUUGUUAUCUAGCACAUCCCCCUAAAUGUCUGAAAAGAAUUCUUCAGAUUCCAGUGAGACAAUGACCAACACAAAGCUGGGGGGGGGUUCUCUCUGUCUCAUAUCUCGCUUCUUUAUGCCACCGUUACAAAGUGCAAUAAUUUGAUACUUUGCCAAUUUUGUUUGAAUUAAACGGGUCAUUGGUCAAUUCCGAUUCGUUCACAGAGCGACAUUUUACUGAAUUUGAUAGAGUUUCUUGCCAUUUUAAAGUAAACAUUCGCCCAUUCCAAGGUCACUCAGUGUUAGCCCUCUGAAAGAUUCAAAAUUCAACGCAAGGGUGUCAACAGAAAAGGGUGCUUGGUACGUUUAUGGGCUGAGCCGCAAUUAACUAAAAACUAACAAUAGAAAACGCAUUAAGGACAGCAUUCAGCUUGCAACCUACUUCUGCUCUGCAAAUAUCUUUCUUUUCAGCGUAGAUCUCUGUGAAAUUGGUCACUCGUUUUGCUCAAUUUUGAUGGAUCCGGAAUUUGCUUACCUUGUACCCUUAGCAGACAACACGUCCCCAAAACCAAAUUACUUGUAAGUUGUACCAGUCACUGACAGUUAUGACACAUACGUGUGGAACAGUUUGGCUGGAGAUUGUUUUCCUGAGCAUAAAUUAUCUGAUCUAAGUAUUCAGGAAGUACCAGCUGGUUAAUAUCUUUUCAACAAUAUUAGACUGUUGUCAGAAUUAGGGCUUUUUAAAAAACUUGGCCAUACGUUUGAGAUUGAGGAGAGAGGCUGCAUUAAAAUAAUAGAAAAAAAGAAAACUUGCCAGCAAGUAAAGCUUAUGCAUAUCAGAGUGUUUUCAGCGGUUAAUUACAGUUGCCAAAAUGUAAGAUUUUCAGUACUGUAUGCAGUCAAUGUACGGUACAAUUGAGAGACAAUAUUCUUUGGUGGAUUUCUGAUCUGAUAUUUUUACUCCUUCAAAACAUAUAAUGAAGACGUGGACUGAGUUUAUUACACCGCCAAGCCAGAUUGUUAUUUAAUUGAUCUUUAAAAUAUGACAGCUGUUUGCCAACAAGAUCUUAAUGUCCUUUACUUAAGCCCUUUUGCAUGGCCAACUUGUAAAAUUAUGAGAGAUAAAUAUUUAUUUCAUUGUACUUGUAGUUAUAUUCAAAGCUUUGAAAAACGACGGAAGUAUUGAUAAAAUAAUGUGAUGUCCGCUGUAGUAGUUUAAUUUAUUAUGGAAAUAUUCCUUAUAAAAGGUAUUCAUUAUUCCUGUUUUAGUCAUAAAUUAAAAGCUACAGGAAGGAAGAAAAUAUCCAGAUAGGCCUCCAAAGUAUUCUCUUUUAUUUAAGAACCACUGCAAGUGUUGAACCAAUAGCUACGUGGAAUCUUUUUUCAGAAAGUGGACAAAUCGAGGGCUACUGUUUGCCGCUAUGGUGUACAUGUACAUAUUUGAUGUUUGUACUAAUUGUCUAUUCAAGAAACAUUUUAAGAAACGUGCGAAUGUUUUCAAAGAAAGUGUAAUAAUAAAGAGCAAACUACUUGUCAAUAU